AUGACAACUCCGCCUUUCAUGCCCCCACCAUUUCUAGAUAUUGUGAUUGCAAUAAUAUUUAGAGCAGGGGGAGAAGGUAGAAUAAGAGAUGUGGUGAUGGAAGGAGGAGACACCACCGAAAGUAGAAGGGGAUUUAACAAGGAUAGAGCUUGGGAAGAAGCAGCGGGAGGUGGUGGAAAAACUGAGGUAGGUGAUGCUGGGACUGCAAUUGGCCGAGGAGGAGAGAGUCAAAGAGCUGGAGAAGGAGGUGUUGUGCGAAAAGAAGGGGAAGGUGAUGGUUGUGGGGGAGGAAGGGGUGAUAAGUUUACAGAUGGAGGAGGGGCAGUAGGGAGUGGCGAUGGUGACACAGAUGGAAGGGGAGGAAGGGACGGAGAAGGUAAGGAAGGGAAAGUGGGCGGUGUUGAUAAUGGUAGUGGUGAUGAUUGGGGUUGGGGAGGAGGGGAAAGGCACGAUUCUGGCUGA